CUUGCGCAUUGCGCGUGAGGGAACGAAACCAGACGUCGUCUGCAGUCAAUAUCCUCAUUCCAAUCAACGUUUGGAACCAAAAUCAAGACGUUUAUUACGACGGACAUCCGGGACACUCGAACACAACCAGAUUGCGUCGGUCGGUCGUGUAUGCGCGUUUGGAGACGAAUCGAGACUUUCCUGAGCAUUUCACGAUGUCAAGCGGGCAGCCGGUGAGAACAAGACGUUCAUCAGUAAGCAGAAAGAAGCCUAAUAGAAAGAAGUCGAGCGACGAUGCGGCGAUUCCGGCGUCGUUUCGAGGAGAAAUCGGGCGCGAAAGAGACCGGAAGUUGAAGACAACGGAUGGAGACACGUGCUUGGUCACGCCCAUGAAGACCAGGAGGAGAUCAUCAGAGAGUACGAGGUGUUGGCAUCAGCAAGGAGGUGUGAAGAUGUCCAGUCGGAGUGUCGUCGAUCCAUCCGUCACCCCAGUCUGCAAAAUCUGUCAGCAACCGGCUCAACCGUGGGCAGAACUACUUUGGUACGAAAACAAGGACAAAGAGUAUCGAAUAGCAGAGGUUGAAGGGUCAACGAGCGGCAUCUGGUUGCACAAAUUGUGUACACAAUGGUCUGAAGGAAUCAAAGAGAUGGACGAGAAUCGAGUGAUUGGAGUCGAUGCCGUCGUCGAACGAAGCAGGAAAGAGUCGUGUUGUUAUUGCUUGAGUUUGGGUGCGAGUGUCGUGUGUCGUUUGGAGCAAUGCCAGAGGAGGUACCACUCGUUGUGUGUGUCGAGGAUUGACGCGUUUGUUGAUGUGCGGACGAGGACGUUGUGUUGUGGAGAGCAUCUGCCGGAGAGUGACUUGUAUUGUAUGGUAUGUCACCAGAACGACCACACCGUGUCCCUACUGCAUUGUGUCGCAUGCAACAGAGUGUGCCACAGCAAGUGCACUGGAUAUCAGCGUCCGUUCUACUUUGGUGCGUACACAAGUUGGCGUUGCACAGACUGCCGGAUUUGUCCACUAUGCAGGAAAUCGUCUGAUAUUCGAUUGUCUGUCAUGUGCAGUGCGUGUUGCAAGUCGUAUCACCGCACUUGCAUAAACUAUAAACGAUCUCUUGGUGCAGCUGCGCACUUUCGAUGUCAGACCUGUCUUAUGUGUACUGACUGUGGGUUGCGUUUGAGUCCUCGUUGGUAUGACCAUCACACACGAUGCGAAUCAUGCUUCCAUCGGAGACGACGACAGAUGUGUGUGCUAUGCCAGCAGCCAUGCAAGAAGACGAAGAAGGAUGUUCUCGUGGCGUGUCUUCAAUGCUCAGGGAAAGUUCAUUCCUCUUGUCUGAACUCGAAUUCCGACAACGACACAUCACCGACACUCGACUUCAUAUGCCCCGACUGCCUACAAACAUUAUCACCAGCAGAUUUUAAGUCACCAACAGCUGCAUUGCCAAUCAACGGAAGCAGCCCCGACAAAACGUGUAAUGACAUAUCCAACACGUCUGAUCCAUUCGUCAAUAGGACGUCCGCAACGAUAGAGGAGAGCACACAAAGUCAUGAAACAGAACACGAAGAGAACGAGGAUCACGCAACAACGCGAGACCAACACUCUCCUUUACAGACGGUCAGCGAACAGACUAAGACGGUUGAUAUUAACCAGUCACUUAAAACGUUAAGUGCAUCUAUUGAUAUCAAUGGAGACUUACCACACACGAACAACACAGAAGAGUUAGAUCCCGUUUUACCUGUUUGUCCCGCGUCGUUUCCUGACAGCAAUCCUCUUGUUUCAACGAACGUCUCUGACAAACUCGUCGUCACGUCCGAAAAUUCCGUAGAAUUCAAUGAGAGAUUGCCUCACGAUGUGGCGUACGUCCAAAUCGUUAGAGAAGACGAGAACAGUCGGACAUCAUUCGCUUCGACUAACUCCGACGGCGAAACGAGUCACGACACGAUAGACUUGCCCCUUUCGUCAGUAAAACGAGAUCUGUGUUGGUCGUUUGAUAGCAGCCUGUCAGCAAAUGCGGACAGUAAUUCCGAAGCUUUGCUUCACGUACAACCAGUUGGUGUUAAACGGAAAGCUGCGGCUGAGAGCGAGCGUUUAGUGUUGGAUGUUUUGCGUGAGGAACGAGGCAGGGAGGCUUUGGAGGAGAGUGAGUGGGUUGCGCAUCAGUCGAGGCGAACGCAGCGCGAGGUAACGGCGCUGGUGAGCAACAGUGGAGAGAGAAAGAAAGGGUUGAGGAUGAAGAAUGUGACGGUGAAGGUUAGUGGAGCAGCGAAGUCAAGCGGCGGAGGGAUAAUGUUGCCGCUGGUUGCGAGUGGAGCUGAGAAAGAUGCGCAGAAGGCAGUGGGGAGUCUCAGUGAGACUGCUGAGCUUAGUCAAGAUCACAUGCCGACGGUCACCGUGCUGGUGUCAUCAACAGACGCAUUCUUCAUCGAACAGGAUAUCUGUCGGACGUGUGGCAGCAUUGGCUGCGAUUCUGACCACCGUUUCUUAUCAUGCAGUCAAUGCGGCCAAUGCUAUCACCCCUACUGUGUCAAAAUCAACGUAUCCAAAGUCCUACUGCAGCGCGGAUGGCGCUGCCUCGACUGCACGGUCUGCGAAGGCUGCGGUCAUAACUCCGACGAAGCUAACCUCCUCCUGUGUGAGGAUUGCGACGUCAGUUAUCAUACAUAUUGUCUGACUCCACGACUAAAACGCGUUCCGGAUGGCGCAUGGCGAUGCCACUUGUGCGUCGUCUGUCGAUCGUGUGGCGUCACCGACCCCGGACUUCGAUGCCAGUGGGAGAGUAACUACACGCAGUGCGGGCCGUGUGCAUCGCGGUUGCAUUGCCCGGUGUGUAAGUCUCAAUAUAGCGACGGUCAGUUGUUGCUUCGGUGCGAAGCGUGCGUACGUUGGAUGCACGCGGCUUGCGACGGGUACACAAGAGAAACGGACGUUGAGACGGUGUCCGACUCUGGAUAUCAUUGUCUCUUCUGUCGGCCGGUUACCAAGCAUGUCAACUGUGUACAACCACGAGGUCUCUACGGACCUCUGAGAGAAUCGGCGUUUAAGGUUUACGCGGCCGUUCGACGGAGAUUAGACGAGCAAGACGGACAAGAGAGGAGAGACACUGAGCAACAGAAGGAGAAGGACAUGGCGGCCGCGUGUAAACGAUUGGAACAGAUGCUGGUGCGAACGGCGACUAAAAAACGAGGCGAAUCGACCGAGAAGCAGUCGAGCAAGGACGGUGUAGCAAUCCUAGACGAAUUGAAACGUAUUCAGGCGCAUCUAAAGGAAGUCAGCGAGACGGCAGCGGCCGAGAAGGUGGUAUUAGAUGUGACUAAACCGACUGUACAUUUAAUUACCAAGUCGACGUCUUUGAGUCACAAGAAGGACGUCAAUCAGGCAUGUGACAAUGGAAUGUUGAAUGUAACGAACAGACGGGCUAGAUCGAUGUCCCCGCUUUCUGUGUGCGUUGAUCUCCAGCUUGGUGUUGUCAACGAAGACGAAAUGAAGCGUCAACGACGUCACAGCGCCGAUAGCCACGCGAAUCAUUGCGAGAACGCGGUGCCUUCGUGGCAGCAACUCCUCACAGAGAACGGUCGAGAUGACGUGGUGCAUCAUCCGUUUAGAACCGUCAGAACGCAACCGUUGUGUCUACGGACGGCGUACAAUCGCGAUGCGGUGAUUGACGGUUCGUUACGGGAGAGAACGAUUGCAUUAAAGAAUCUAUACGAAUGUUUAUCGCAGCAGAGUCAGAGUGUGGACGCUAGCGGCCACUCGAUCUCACGAGAAGACGAGCAUCUAUUUCAGUUUGCAGCCACGGCGCUUGGCAGUCUCAUGACGUCGUCGACUCAUUCAGACUACAUCACGCCUGUCAUGCCACCAACAUCUGAAACGACAAGCGAACCGAAACGUAGACCAAGGAGGAAGGUCGAGAAGCGAAAGGAACCAUCGAAUUCGAGUGUGGGUACGAGUAACGAUUGUACGUCAUCGCAACCAAUCGUGUCGUCAGAGUUAUCAGUUGGACCUCGUCGUGUGUACAAGAACAAGUUUGGUGAGUCGGUAUCGAGUCCGUCUUAUGACAAGAAAUGGCAGGAGGACGAGGAACGUGGCCAUCUAGCGACGCUAGGAGCCGUUCUCUAUGCCAACGUUGAAAAACCCGAACUCAAGGAAAAGUUCAAGGAGUGGCCGGAUCGUUUACGGGUUAUCAAUCGAUUAUGGAGGCAUGCGAGCUCGGAUGUGAGACUAAAGUAUGUGUGUCAAGCGAGAGUGAACCGUACGAAGCUUGCGGCUGAUACGCAGCGGAUUAGUCAUACAGAGAGUCAAGCUAAUAGUGUGAAGAUCGACGGGGGUAGCAAAAUAGCGACUCAAACUCGAAAGGAAAAGAAACAUAAACAACCGAAGGAUAAACCAACGGCCACCACCGUAUCUUCGUCGUCUAAUUUACUGCCGGUUGCUUCAACAUCACAGUCUGUGAACUCGUUGGCGGCAGUGGCGCCUCACAUAAGUGAGAUGUCAACAACACCUUCUAUGCCAUCACACAUGUCAAGCUUUGUGUCACCGUCUGCUGCCAGCAUUGCCAACCCGGUUUACACCCCGAUGGCUACUACUUCGAUGUUUCCCGGCAUUGUACCGCAGCAACUCUAUCACAGAGUCUCAAUCGAGCAGCUCAAAGCGAUGGGACUUGCUAACCUCAACUACUGGCCGGUCGUUGUUAACCAACAGGUUAUUGACCCUCGGCUUCUUGCUGCUCAGAGUCAAGGACUUCUGUUUCCAGUGAAGCCGGUGAGUCUCCGUGGUGGAGCGUCUGUGCCGUUACAAUUCGGGAUGGUGAUGCCUCGUGGAGUCGCUAACAAUGCGAUGAUGGCAUACGUGCAUGCACAGUCGAUGUUUAAUUCGCCGUCCGUGUCUCAGGAUCAAGUGAGGCUCGCAAUGCAGCAACUGUCGAAGUGCGUAGCGUCCGAUUCGUUGGCAAACUCGUCGGAGCCGAUGAGAACGACAGCGGAGAUGUCGAGAAACGAGACGACGACGGAGAGCAGGAACCAGAUGUGUCAACGUGCAGCGUCCGUACCGAUGGACGAUCUCCACAACUGGGAGGCUCGUCACAUGCCGUCGAAAUUCAACGUUUCUGUAACGGCUUCCGGUUCGACACCACAGCAAGGUGCAUCUCUUCUUUCCCCUCAAAUGUCAAGAGACUUUGCGUGGAACCCAAUCCAACACCAACCUUGGCGUCAACAACAAUUUCUCAUGCCACAGAAGAAGAAACGAAGCAGGAAAAGAAAGCAGAAAGGACCGACAGUUGAGGUUCCCGCCGAGUUGAUCUUCCGUUCGUCGGUGGGUGCAAGUCAAGCGAACGUGACGGCAGACAAGAUUGUGGGGAUAAUGAAAGCAUCGGUGCUGCCCAUUGCCGACAUCGUUAAGCGAACGAAGACAUCGAAACGGAAUCUGGCGGUGAAACCAGCCACCAUCACUGUUAACAAAUCGAACGUAAGGUCCCACCUUUCUGUCUAUGUCCCAACCGCUGCAACCCUGCCACAUGAAGCCGUCAUGAACAAAUCAGAAUUUAAGUCGAAAUCGGGUGUUUUGUCUCAUUCCGCUGAGAGUAUGACGACUAAUGUGGUUGAGACAACGACGAAGACAACCGACAAACAACCGGUUCAAACAUCUCAACCUGUGGUGGAGCAGCUGGUUAAUAAACCAACAACGGGAUGUUCGUCGGUUGAGCAUUCUGUAGCUAAUGUGAGCAACACGGUCACUAUGCAACCGGUCGUACACAAUCAGUCGGUCAGUACACCGACUAGGAGUUGUGAUGUGGACAAGAAGCAACGAGAAGACGAAACGAAACGAGAACAAGAUCUCGUACGAUCCGUAUUAGCAGCAGAUACGGGUGCAUACGAAACAAGGAAGGAAACGCCAGCGGCAUCUUCUGGUUCUAAUAAAUGUCUCGUUGUGGCACCUCCGGAGCUGCUCGUUGAUCUCCCGGUCGCUAGAAAGAGUGAAAUUGAGAUCCAGAGAGAGCUGGCGGCGUCCUACCAAGCGAAGAUUUCUAAACAAACGAGACCGAGUAUGACUAUUAGCGUAUCAAAUGCUACCGUGUUGUUACCAAAUCCUGUCGGUCGUGCACUGCCGCUACCUGCUCCCGAGACGCACGUACAACCCGUUCGGCCUCUCUACUUUCCCAACCAACCGCGGACACUCGUUUCGAUUAUGCCGCAUCCGCAAGUGUCGCCUAACACAUAUGCGUCACUUCCGAGUCCGUUGAGCAACAAACCGGUGAAAGAGCGUCGGACACAACGUCGGAGGUCGAGCAGCUCAGACACAAAGAAGUCAUCUAGAUCAAAAAAAUCAAAGUCCAACCAGCAAUCUUCGUCGUCUGUAGGUCAAUCUGUAAGAUCUCUGUCUAGCUAUUUGCCGCCAAUGGAACUGGUGCAACCGAGUUUGAUGAAUAAGCAACCGAUGAAGGUGCUGUCUCAUCUCUAUGACCUUCGUUCGAGUCUACAGGGAAACUACGGCAUAUGCCGACUUCCUAACGGCGAAGACUUGUACAACAGUAGAGAGUUUCGUAGCCUCAAGUCGUCGCAAUCGGGCAGAACGCACACUCAUUUGUUGCCACAAUUCAUGCCAAUUGGUGUGCCGUUGUCCAUUGGUAUGCCGUCGUCCGUUGGUGUGCCGUCGGCGGUUGCUAAGUCAUCGGCUUCAGCUUCUGUUAUGUCAGACAGACAUGCUGGUCUAUUCACAGCUAUACCGUCGAUGAAUCAUGUACAGUAUUGUAGCAGUAGGGACAUCGUUCAUGCUCCAUUGGGGGGAGACCGUAAGUCCGUAGACAGUCGACUCUAUUCGCUACUUUCACCGUCCGCGGUCUCUGAAAGCGUCGCGAAGGUCGUACAGCCGAUCGACAGACAGAGAGAUACGGAUCAACAAUCAUCGGCGUCUGUGUCGUUGUCACUGACUCCGGCACAGACGAACUUGGCUCAAGCUCUACACAGGCAUUUAUUGGAGUCUCAACGAAGUCACGGUGUUAACGACUACGUGGUGACGAAAGAGUGUGCCGAUCUCAAAAGCAAGGAAAACCGUGGAAUGUCUAGUGUCUCUGUUGUUCCUCAUCUUGAUGCGAAACGAGCAAAGAAUUUGGCAGAUGCUUCGUCUCCUCGAUGUGUCGUUAGUCACGGUAAUGAGCCACACGUGGUAAACACACACAAUCGUGGCGGUGAGACUGCUGCGUCGUAUUACCAAGUUAGUGACACACGAGUGGAGCAACAAACGAACGACUCUUCAAAUUGUAUUUCUAAUUUGGUGAACAACGGCGAGCUCGACACUGUGUCGAACAAUGAAGUGUCCGCGCUGGUUUGUAGAGUCCCAGAGACGCACGGCCGUGUGAGUGGAGUAUGGACAAACAUGGUAGACACACAGUGUGAUGAUGUAUUAGAGAAAGAUACAGAGACGAGGUCUGUGGAUUCGAGGUGCACAAAGCGUGACCUUUCUGGAUCCCCUCUCAGGACAUUGCCCAACGAGGUUGCACCGUCUGCUUGCGCAGUUGAUGUUCCGUCUGCUUCCGUCUCAAGUGUGACGAACUCGUCGAAUUUGGUUUCCGUAUCGACGCGUUUGGGUUUGUCUCUAAAUGUGACAUCUUCAGCGAUGACUCUGACUUCGUUGUCAGUCGUCUCUGAGGCGAGACCUCGGACGACGGUGGUGACGUCGCCGUCUUCUCAACAGACGGAUGUAAAUGAGGGUGGUGAGAACCGGCAGGCUUGUUGCGUUCCAGAAGAAACGGCAAGUAAACGAGCAAGACUGAGUGACGACGAAUCAACGCUGAGUCCGGUCUCUGAUUGUCCUCGAUCAAUAAACGAUGAGUUUGCCACUGUAUGUAACAACAAAGACACACAUAGUGAUUCAGAGGUAGCCGAACCAUUGCCGAAGAGAAAGCGAACGAUCAAGUGGUGCCGUUGGAGAUCCUUCAUGGCCGAUAUGAAGGAAAGCAAGAAAGCAGUCACGACGGAAUCAACCGACUUGGGUUCAGACAUGGAAAGACUGUGGAAUGUAUGGAAAUUUGUGUUGCCAUCGAGUGAGCAAUCAGACCGGAGAGCGUGUGUGUUGUGUCGCGGUUAUGGCGAUGGAAAUCCGCAGACUACAUCGAGGUUGUUGACGUUGGGAAUCAAUGAGUGGGUUCAUCUGAAUUGUUGUUUGUGGUCGAGGGAAGUGUAUGAAACGAUUGGUGGUGCACUGAAGACUGUCGGUGCGGCAGUGAAACGAGCGAAGUUGACUACGUGUACCGUGUGCAAUCGUCUUGGAGCCUCUCUAGAGUGCUACCAACGUAACUGUGGCCGAGCAUAUCAUUUCCACUGUGCAGUUGAAACAAAGUGUUCUUUUUAUGAAGACAAGACGGUAUUCUGUUCAUCACACAAAACUCAGUGGUCAGAAGAUCUUCUUUUGAAGCUGCUGAAUGUCGAACGUCACGUCUUUACGGAACGAAACGAGAGACAAGAACUGGAAGCGGUGGUAUGUGGGGAUACUGGCUGUAUAUUCAGAAUUGGCAGUGUUGUGUAUCAUUCUAUUGGUCAGUUGAGCACAAAGAUGCAGAAGUUUCACACAGAAACCUGCAUUUAUCCAAUCGGCUACAAAGCGACUCGAUUCUAUUGGAGUAUGACAGAUCCACACCAGAGAUGUCGAUAUCAAUGUGCCAUCCAUGAUGUGGAAGGCGAACCAGAGUUUGUCAUCACAGUACAAGACAGAGGACGUCCCGAUUAUGUUAUAAAGUCUAACAGCCCUAUGGGCGCAUGGUCGCAAGUUUUGGAGCCGAUUCGGGCGAUUAGAGAGAAAGCGUUGUUGCUGAAGUUGUUUCCAGAGUAUAUUACUGGAGAGUACUUGUUUGGACUCACUGAGCCAUCAGUUGUACAAAUCAUCGAGGCGAUGCCGGGCAUCGAUCAUCUUCCUGAUUACAAGUGUAGCUACUUGCACCGAACGACGCUGCCUCUACCGUUACCAUUCAAUCCUUCGGGAUCCGCUCGUACGGAGGCUAGUUUAUGGUACACGCUAAGAGGAAGAAGGUUUAGGGCACGUUCGCUCUGGUCGACUGCCAGACAGACGCAGAAUAUUCACAAACACGGUUCCGAGUCUGCGAGUCAGGACACGUCCGCAUCGUCGAGCGGAUCGAAUCAGAACAAGCAGUCGCCGUACUUGAAGCAGUUUGUGAAGGCGCAAGAGUACCGGAGAUUGAAACAGGAAUGGCUGAGUAACGUCGAACUCGGCCGGUCGCUCAUACAAGGACUUGGAUUGUUUGCCAAGCGUGACAUGGACAAGUAUACGAUGGUGAUUGAGUAUAAGGGUCUUGUCAUUCGUAACGAAGUGGCUAAUAAGAGGGAAAAGAUCUAUGAAGAUCAGCGGCGUGGCUGCUAUAUGUUCCGGAUCGAUGCCGAACAAGUCAUUGAUGCUACUCUCCAUGGUGGUCUGGCAAGAUACAUCAAUCAUGCAUGCGAACCCAACUGUGUUGCCGAAGUCGUCGAGUUUGAAAAAGAGAAGAAGAUCAUCAUCAUAUCAAACCGCUACAUCAAGAAAGGCGAAGAGUUGACGUAUGACUACAAAUUCGAGUUUGAGGCUCAGAGCAGUAAGAUCCCAUGCAACUGCGGAGCUCCAUCAUGUCGUAAAUGGAUGAACUAAGGACAUACUGCUACUUGCAUCGAGGCCGUGACAGUAAGCAACAGCAGACGGUCGGGAUGCAGAUUGAUCCCUCGCCCGUCGUCUCUCUCUCUCCUGCGUCUCUUCAAUCGAGGUGUCUUGAGCUGCGAGAUGUGCAUGAGAGCGACGUGACCUUCGGUUGCUUGUUUGCUGCUGACUCUGCUCUAGUGAUAAGUAGUAGUGUAAAUGUGUACAGUGAGUGAUUUGGCUGUUCAAAUGGUUUUGAUUGAAGGUGUGUAUAUAUAUGCCCCAAUGAUUGUCUA